AUGGAGGAGAUGAUGAAAAUCCGUAUUCGGCAUGUGAAUCCACACAUUGUGUGUUCACUGUGUGCUGGAUACUUCAUUGAUGCAACCACUAUCACAGAAUGCCUUCAUACUUUCUGCAAGAGCUGCAUUGUUAAAUACCUCCAAAGUAGCAAAUGCUGUCCUCAUUUGCCUGGACUCUUUGAAAAUGAAGAGAAGAGACGUGAGGAGUUUUACAAUUCCCGUGGCCUAGGAAAUGAGAAGAAAGAUGGUGAUGAAAAAACUUUGUUGAAGCCAUCCACCAUAGUCAACAAUCCUGAAGGUCAUAAAUACAAAUAUGAUGAACAAAUUUGUCUUUGCUUAGAGCGAUAUGGGCCCCAAUGUGUACAGAAUGGUUCCUACCAGUUGAGGCCAUUAGAAAAAAAGUUUGUGCGAUGUUCCAUCCGAGUAUUGGUAUCUCAAGUGAAAUCCCUGCUACGGAAAAAACUUUCUUUACCUUCAGAUUUAGAUUUGGAUGUGCUGUGUCAAGAGGAGAGACUCCUUGAAGAGAUGAGCUUGAAACAGUUAUUCCUUAUGCACUGGUAUGACAAAGAUUCUCCAGUUGUCUUAUUUUACCGCCUCAAACAGCCGGAACUUGCACAAAAUGAACAAUUAUCAUGA